AUGACGAGAGACUGGUUCAAAUCAGGUCGGCCAAUCCAGCUUGCCAUUACCUAUACAUGUCUGUCGGCAUUUGUACUUUUUGGUUGGGAUCAGGGCGUCUUUGGCGGCUUGAUCACAAACCCGGAUUUUCUUGACAUUUUCCAUCAUCCUGGUCCCGGAUUCCUCGGCAUCAUCGUUUCUAUUUACAAUGUCGGUUGCUUUCUCGGGUGUGCCAUCAACUUCUUCAUCGGUGCUCGAUUUGGUCGUCGCCAUGCUAUUUGGGCAGCAAUGUUUUGCAUAGCUCUUGGAGCAGUCAUUCAGGACUCUGCCUACUCGGUACCCCAAAUGAUGGUUGGGCGGAUCAUCACCGGGCUUGGAGUUGGUAUCGACACGUCCACGGUCCCAAUGUAUCAGUCCGAGCUGUGCAAAAGAGAACAUCGAGGCCGACUCGUCACUUCAGAAGUGCUCUUUACUGCCGUCGGGGUGUCGAUGGCCUAUUUCUUCGACUAUGGAAUGAGUUUCACCAGUGGACCCAUCGCGUGGCGACUGCCAAUUGCUCUUCAGAUCCCCAUGGCAGCCAGUGUUGCUCUUUUAGUGGUGGGCCUGCCAGAAACGCCCCGAUGGCUGAUUCAACAAGGUCGGACUGAAGAAGGUGUGGCUGUCCUGUGCAAAGUCUGGAAUACAGUCCCAGAGGACCCUGUGGUUGAGACCGAGAAGCGAGACAUUCUCCAAGCCAUUGAGUUGGAGGAGGCAGAGCCUUUUAAAUGGGUUCGCAUCUUCAAGCGAGAUCCUGUCCAGACUGGAUGGCGCGUGUUUCUCGCGUGUUUGGUCUUGUUCAUGAACCAGUGGGCGGGGAUCAACGUCAUUGUCUUCUAUUCAGCGACUGUGCUCGAAGUCAAUGUCGGACUCAAUCGUAAUACCGCCAUUGUUGUGGGUGGCUGUCUGAAUCUAGCAUUUGCGGUUGGAUCCUUGGUCCCAGCUCUCGGAGCUGAUCGUCUCGGGCGAAAGAAGCCUAUGAUGUUUGGUGCAAUCGGAAUGGGUCUUUCUAUGAUGGUGGUGGCCAUCCUGCUCUCCUACAGUGGAACGGACAAAGGGAAGGCAACAGCCAAUGUUUCCAUUGCGUUUUUCAUCACUUACAUGCUCUCAUUCGGGGCCAGCUUGAACGCUAUACCUUGGUGUUACAGUACCGAGAUCCUCCCACUGCGACUUCGCGCCCAGGGAACCGCAUUAGCUGUCUUCAACAACUGGAUCUGGGUUUUUGUGAUUGUCCAAAUCACGCCUACUCUGGUUCACAAUAUCACUUGGAAGACUUACCUGGUCUUCAUGGCAUUCAACUUCGCCUUCGUGCCCAUGAUCUACUUUUGGUUUCCUGAAACCAAGGGCCUAGGACUAGAAGAAAUUGACUACAUCUUUUUGAAGUCCGAUCGCCUUCCCCAGGAACAACGAGAGCAGGUUACGGAACAGGUGGUGAACGCUGAGUCAAACGGCAAACCUCGUUCAACUGAGAUCGAAACUCGAGAGAAGACGAGUUUCUGA